UGUGUGUUAUACUUAUGGGCUCUGAAAUUGUGCCAUCCGACGACGCUAUUUUUACUUAGAGGCAAUCACGAAUGCCGGCAUCUCACGGAGUAUUUCACCUUUAAACAAGAAUGUAAAAUAAAAUACUCUGAGCGUGUUUACGAUGCUUGUAUGGAGGCGUUCGACUGCCUUCCUCUCGCCGCCCUUAUGCACCAACAGUUCCUCUGCGUCCAUGGAGGACUUUCGCCCGAAAUACACAAUCUCGACGAUAUAAGAAAGUUAGAUCGUUUCAAGGAGCCGCCGGCGUUCGGACCGAUGUGCGACCUCCUGUGGUCUGAUCCGUUAGAAGACUUCGGCAACGAGAAAAACGCCGAACACUUCAGCCAUAACAGUGUUAGGGGAUGUUCUUAUUUCUAUAGUUAUGCUGCUUGCUGUGAUUUCCUUCAGAACAACAACCUCCUGUCCAUUAUCAGAGCUCACGAAGCGCAAGAUGCUGGGUACCGGAUGUAUCGAAAAAGCCAAACCACGGGUUUCCCAUCAUUAAUCACAAUAUUUUCAGCACCCAAUUACUUGGAUGUAUAUAAUAAUAAGGCUGCUGUACUAAAAUAUGAAAACAACGUAAUGAAUAUUCGACAGUUCAAUUGCUCUCCUCACCCUUAUUGGCUUCCUAAUUUCAUGGAUGUCUUCACAUGGUCACUGCCUUUUGUCGGUGAAAAAGUUACCGAAAUGUUAGUAAAUGUUCUCAAUAUUUGCUCAGAUGAUGAGCUAAUGUCAGACGGCGAUGAUGCCCUUGAAGAAGAUGGUACAGCAGCAAACUUGCGUAAGGAAGUUAUACGUAACAAGAUAAGAGCAAUUGGAAAGAUGGCAAGAGUAUUCUCUGUAUUGAGAGAAGAGAGCGAGAGUGUACUUCAGCUUAAGGGCCUAACUCCAACAGGAUCGUUGCCACUUGGAGCCCUCUCUGGUGGAAAGACAUCCUUGAAGAAUGCUCUCCAAGGAUUCUCUCCAAACCACAAGAUCACAUCAUUUGCCGAGGCAAAAGGUUUGGAUGCUAUUAAUGAGAGGAUGCCUCCACGAAAGGACGCGCCACCAACACCGGUAUCUGAAGGCGAAAAGCAGCCUGUAACACCCACGCAGCCCAACACCACUCCACACCCGGCUCCAACAAAUGCAUGAGCUAAAAGAUCUCAUGAUGCCAAUGUGUGAAAAUGGACGGGUCUCUUUUAAAAAAACCCUUCCUUUAUAAGAAUCCUUGCCCUAAAGGAUAUGAGUUGUGCUCUGCCAGCGGUCAUCAUUAAAAAAAAAUUUAAAAAAAUUAUAUAUAAUAAAAAAUAAAAAUUACAAAAAAAUUAUGUAUUUAAGAAAGAAAGUCAUUUAUCAUUUUUCUUCACUGAAUCUUUCAUCUUUGACUUUGCUUAAACUUUCUACUGAAAUUAUAAAUAAUACUUUUUAAGAAUCAAUCAACUAAAAUACCAUCUAAUCAAAAAUUAUAUUUUAUACGAGGAAGGAAUUUUUUACUCGGAAAUAAAAUAAAUUUGUUUGGACUCACACUUUUUCUCACUGGAGAACAUUCAGACUUCACAGCUGGUGAAUUUAGAUAAAUUGAAAUUUUAAAAAAAUUUAAAUUAAAAAAAGUGUUGGGUCCAAUUUGAUUUUUCGAAGUGCCUCCGAGCAGGUCAACUUAUCGGUUCAGCAGGCUGAGACCGGUUUGGGAGGCCUGAGCCCGAGCAAGACAAACAAUAUUCGACCACUUCUUAAUUCCUGCCUCUCGCACUCAAAUCUCGGCUAGAUCUGACGGAUUUGUUUCUCUUAGAUAAUUUUAGCGUUCAUUUCCCCAUUUCACCACCACAGUCCUGUUCCCGACCAAAACCGAGCUCUAGUCAUACGACUUUUUCGCCUUAAAAAUAAAUGAAGUUAAAAAAUAAUUUUAAAUAAAUAAAUAUAUUUAAAUCAAAA